AUGCAGUUGUUCAAAUGGAAUGGUCACAAAUGGGUCCGUUUUAGGCAUGAACCUUGGACAGCUGACCUUAUCUGGGAAGCUCAGUCUGUGCUCCCAGAGGGUGGUACACCUUUUGCCUUUGUUGUAUAUGCCGACAAAACAAAGCUCUCAAGCUUUGGUACACAGAAAGGAUAUCCAGUGAUGGCUCGAUGUGCCCAGCUUCCCAUUGAGAUCCGCAAUGGAAAUGGGAUAGGUGGUGGUGCUGUUGUUGGAUGGCUUCCAGUGGUUGAUGAAGGUACUGCUGAAGAAGGAAAGAAGGACUUUGUUGACUUCAAGAGGGUUGUCUGGCACAAGGCCUUCUAUGAAUUUUGCAGAAAAAUAGAAGCCCUCUCCAAGACUGGCUACCAGUGUUCCAUUCCCAACAUUGAUAGACUUUUCUUUCCAAUCAUGUCCAUGAUUGUGGCUGAUUAUGAAGAGCAAUGUGUCAUGGCCUUAAUCCGUGGUGGACACCAAAGUCUGUGCAACUGUCCACGCUGCCUUGCAAAGAAAAAGGGCAUGGCAUCCCUAGGAGAGCCUGUAGUGUGGCGGACCCCAGAGAACACACAAGAGGUCCUUGCUCUAGCCCAUACACGACCUGCAGGAGCAAAGGAAGGGCUAUUGAAGGAUUAUGGACUCAGAGAUAUCCUAAAUGUUUUCUGGAGGUUCAUGUACACCAAUGUCUACAGGGCCUUGGGCUUUGACAAGCUGCAUGGCUAUGGGCUGGGCCUUUUUGGAGACCAUAUAUGGCCAGCAAUUGUGGCUAUAAUCAAGAUUAUGGGGCGGGAUGGGAUUGCUAAAGUUGAUGACCAAACAAAUGCUUUCCCAGUCUGGAGAAAUCUUUGCCACUUCAAGCAUGUUGUCAAUAUCAAUUUUAAUGAUGGCUCAAAGUUUGAAGAUUUGUCCAAGAUAACUCCAUAUGUUGUGCACAAUGUCAUUGCCACAGAACAAGGCAGUGAAGGUUACCUCCUCCUUGGCCUGCUCAGAAAAUAUCUGGAGCUGGACAUGUACUACUCCUUCACAAUCCAAACUGAAGACACUAUAGCUGCAAUCAGAGGCAAGCUAUUUGAAUUCUCUGAUGCCCUUCAGAAACUGCAAGACAAGACUGGACCAGAUGGGAAAAACUGGGACUUUCCCAAGAUGCAUGCCCACCAACAUGGUCCUAAAGAUAUUGAGGACAAAGGUGCUACUCGCAACUACAACACCAAACCAUUUGAGAAGAUGCAUGGUUCACUCAAGAAGUCAUACUUGCGCCGCUCAAAUAAGCGUAAUGUAGAGUCUCAAAUCCUCACAGCAGAACAUGAUCUUGCUGUGAUGCAGAUUAUGCGGGCAAACAUUGAAGAUUAUGAUGCAUACAAGAAUGAGGAGGAGGAGGAUGAAGAAUAUGAUGCUGACAAUAAACCAAUUAUCAAGAAAAAGGGUCCAUCAUCCAGGCUCAGCUUUGACAAGAGGAUUUUUCUUGGAGCACCAGAGAAGCCUAUCACUAUUGCUGAAUUGGCUACAUCAGAUUCAGUUGCCAAAGAUCUGCAUCUCCAGCUCAAUGAUCUCCUGGAACAUGUGGGCCCCAAGUCUAAAGAUGGGGAGAACAUAAAGGUUGGGCCUCAUGAUCAGAUUGUGGAGUAUCGUUUCCUCAAGGUCAACUAUCAGUCUGAAGAAACAUGGAAGCAAGAUUUCGACUUACUGCGGUGCACUCCAUCGUGGUUUGGGAAGGAAAGACGAGACCACAUCCUCCUCAAUACCGAAGAUGGCCACAUCUUUGCCCGCCUGAUGCUCAUUUUCACCUACUCUGUGGAUGGAAUCGAGCACCCAUUCAUCGUCGUCAGGCCACUUGAUGGUGCAGUCGAGCCUGAGGACCGGGACAAGGAUCUAGGGUUUUAUAGGGUUCGGCAAAGUGAAUAUGACCUGGAGGUACAUCCUGCUCAGUCUAUCAUACGCGGAGCAUUGAUCAUACGAGAUCACGAUAACAUUGGAGAUCACUUUGCAGUAGACAUUGACCCGGACAUGUUUUGUAGGCUGAAUACGUUCCGCGCACGUCAAUUCCUAUGA